AUGCCAAAGAAAAAUGUAGAUGGAAAGCAUCUUGUCCCACCCCUGGAUAUGAUCAACCUUCAUAUACUGUGUAUUAUACAUGUUGUUGCCACCUUGCUCUCCACUCUCUUGUCCCUUAUCUCAGUAGCCAUCUCUGCGACCUGCAAAGAUGAAAAGGGAGAGCAGGAGGUGGAAACUGGUCAGCAGCCUUCUGGUUUAUCAGCCACACUUACAAAGGUCAAAUGUGCAAAGCACCAGAAGACAGUGGUUAGAGUGAGAUUCUACAUGCUCUCAAUGAAGAAUAAAGCAUGCAGGAAGAACCUUUCAAAAGGUUACAACCAGAGACCUGAAGGAAGCAAAGAAGAAAGACACAUGGUUGUCAAAGAGAAGAGGAAAGGAGAUCACUAA